AUGACCCAAAUGCGGCAAAAUUCCUGCAAUUGUUGGCGUACUUCAACAAUCAGAACCUUUGGGUACGGGCUUUUUCACGACGGACUUACCGAGGUAUCUCCUAAACGACUUAAGAAAUUGAGAUCCUGGUUCGGUAAACAGAGGCUUGGGUACAAGGGGUUUCGCAAGGGACUCACAGAAGAACCGCCCACGUGGCUCUAUAUAUUGCUCAAGAACGAUCAUUCAGUUCAAGGAGUAAUGAAAACCUUGACAGACUUUUACUUCCUCGAAGCUAACCCGGGAUCAAGAUCAUGGAGCAUGCACAACUGUGUGCAUGAUUGGACAUUGGCCGCCCUUGAUAGGACCAUUGAUGUUACAUACUACUGGUAUGCUCUCAAUUGCGUUGAUGCGACCAUCAGUGGGUUUGAUAUCGAUUUCUAUGGUCGUAUCACUUUUUCACGCUCAGCUGGUCAUGCAACCCGACUAGUGCAACAGCAGUUCCUCAAAACCAUUACCCAGUUUGCUGCCGCUGCGGAAUUUUGCACGCGGGCACUCAAUGGCUACGAGAAAGCACUAGGGCCAAACCACAUAUCGACUCUUUUCACUGUUGGUGACCUCGGGAAUCUAUAUUAUAACCAAGGCAAGCUGGAUCAGGCUGAGAAGAUGUUCACACGGGCGCUCACUGGCUACGAGAAAGCGCUUGGAUCAGACCACAUAUGGACUGUCUUGACUGUCAACAACCUUGAGCGUCUAAAUUGUGACCAUGGCAAUUCGAGUAAGCAGGUUCAUUUAUCUGGCGAGCAGGCGCUUUAA